CUCGUUAUAAUUAGUUUACCAAGACUACUAUAGAUUUUACGGCCGAAAGCUGCGAAAGCUUACAAGACUGACAAUAUUGUGGCGGGGAAACGUCUGCUGACACUCUGGUUACAGCCCAACCUUUCUAGUUGCACCACGCGACAGACAGAACGACAGCUGCAGACGAAAGCAGACGAAGUUGGAAGUCACUUCUUCUCACACCAAACCCCCGCGCCGUCUCUGAGGUGCCGAUUGCGACGGACCGGGCGCGAUGGGGCAGAAGAUAUGAGUCUUUGCUUUGUGUUGUUUGCUGUGCUAGUAGAAACCAACAUUGGCUUCAGGCCCAGUUCAGGGUGUGAUGGCAUGGCUCAGGGCAAAUUGGACAUGUGUGUCGUAUUUAUUGAGCCUUGGCCAGCCAUGUGUGCUCAUGUCUUGAUACUACUAGUACCUAGCCUGACCAUUCAAUUCAAUACUAACGUUUAUGAUGCCAGAAGCGGAGUUUACACAAUGCAGAAGCCCAGCCUAGUGCAUACUUAAUGGUCGCAGAAUUUGAGGGUUUGAGAAUUUUGGGGUUCGAGACUUUGACAGUCAUAGUGAUAGUAUCUCUACACGAUGGUCGAUUCCACACUUCUGUGGGGUCCGGGGAUCAUUGGAUUCGUGAUAGCGACAGUGCUCUAUGGGACAGCUGUCGGGCAGUAUAUCUUCUACCUGAGAUCUUUUCCGCAAGACCCAAAAAAACUCAAAUUAUUUAUAAUGAUGACCUUUUGUCUAGUAACAAUAAACCAAUACGCCUUGGUAGGGAUGAACUGGUC